UGCACUGGCGACUGUUGCGCGGGUUUACAGAGCUCGAGACAGUAUCAGUACCAAGCGGACUCGCGCACAUAUGAGAUAGAUGGAAUUAUAACAAUGGACCAUCACUGCGUUCUGUUUUCUGUUUUGUUACAGUUAAUCUUCCAACCAGGUAGGUCCAGACCCAUUAUCACUCCGGAUGCACCCCGGCUCACAGUUCCACUGUAUGGUGACUUCAGCUUGCGUUGCCAGAGCAACAGUUCCGUGCGGUGGCUGCGAGAAGAUCGUCCAUCACGGAUACUGAAGGGGGAACGUGAGGGCCAACUGACAAUUCUUAAAGUGACCAAAGCCGGCCCACAACACAUGGGCAAAUAUUCGUGUCAGGAGGAGAUGUCUGGUGAAAAGAGCUCCAUCUAUGUAUAUGUUAAAGCAGAUCCUGAAAAUCCCUUCAGAAGGGGCAUCGUGUUUGACAUUGUUGCGAGAGAAGGAGACACAGCCACAAUCCCAUGCUUGCCGACGGACUCCAAUAUGUCAGAAUUACACCUGGAGAAAUGUGACGGACGGCCCCUGCCUAACAGUCUGCGAUAUUCGUCCAGCACUGAGAUGGGUGUGGCAUUGGAAGAUGUUAGGAAGCACUUUGAGGGAUGUUACAUCUGCGUCGGGACUUUGGCAGGAGCCACGGUUAAAUCCGGAGAAUAUAAAUUGAAUGUCCGUCUCGUUCCAGAUGCACCACCUCUGAUCACACUGGGUCAGCCUCAAAGAAUGCUGCUCACCCAAGGGGAAAAGCUCUCCCUAUCCUGCUCCACCUCAAAUGUCAACAGUGACAUCACAAUCAAGUGGAAGUCUCCAAGCGGAGUUCAACCAUCAGUGCAGCAAGCCUCACUCCUCCUGACUGAGCCCAUAUCCCAUAUGCGAACAGCCACCCUCAACAUGGCGUCUGUGAUGCUACGGGAUGCAGGGAGUUACAGCUGUGAGGCAAUGAAUGAGAGAGGGACAAGUGCAAAAUCAGUCUGGGUUGACAUAUAUGGUAAAGGCUUUAUUAACCUAACAAGUGUGGAUAACAGCACUAAGAGAGUGCGGGCUGGGGAAAGUCUGUCCCUGCGUUUGGUAAUGGAUGCUUACCCUAAACCUCACACAUUUUCUUGGAGCUACAGUGGAGUAAAACUUACCAAUACUACUGAUCAUGUCAUUACCAGCCAGUCAAAUGGGAACAGUUACACCAGCGAACUGAAACUGGUGCGUCUCAAGGUGUCAGAGAGUGGCGCGUACACCUUUUCAUGCUCGAACCAAGGCGCAACUGUUCAUCAAACAUUCGAAGUCCACGUCAUAAGUAAACCACAGAUUGUGUCCUAUGAAGGCCCUAUUGAUGGACAGGUGCGCUGUGUGGCUGAGGGUUACCCCACCCCUCAGAUACGGUGGUAUUACUGUGACCAACCACAUUCAAGGUGCUCCAAUUUGCUGAAUGCCACUCAAGAGGAGGAGGAUGUUGUCACCGUAACUAUGACGAAUCCACCCUUUGGGAAGGGCGCAGUGGAGAGCCGUCUAAACAUCACCAAGAACAAUUAUCCCACCCUUGAAUGUGUGGCAUCUGCCAACGGAGAAAUCGUUUACACUCUCUUCUCAAUCAGCGAGAGCACUGUUCCUCAUGAGCUCUUUACACCGCUACUCAUCGGUUUUGUUGCCGCGGCAGUUAUCCUUGUUCUGAUCCUUAUUGUGCUGUCCUACAAGUACAUGCAGAAACCCAAAUACCAGAUACAGUGGAAAGUCAUAGAGGGCAUUCAUGGAAAUAGUUAUGUGUACAUUGAUCCCACCCAGCUUCCAUAUGACCACCAAUGGGAGUUUCCCAGAGAUAAGCUGAGAUUUGGAAAAACUCUUGGAUCUGGAGCAUUUGGGAAGGUGGUGGAGGCCACUGCUUAUGGAAUGUCCAAGGCAGACACAGUGAUGACUGUAGCUGUGAAGAUGCUGAAACCAAGUGCUCAUUCCACUGAGAAAGAGGCCCUGAUGUCAGAGUUGAAGGUGCUUAGUUAUCUUGGCAACCAUAUUAACAUUGUCAACCUGCUAGGUGCCUGUACUGUUGGAGGUCCAACACUAGUUAUAACAGAGUAUUGCUGUUUCGGUGACCUGUUGAACUUCUUGCGUAGAAGGAGAGAAUCCUUCUACUACUCUACACUGGGAGAAGACCCUUACUAUAGAAAUGUCAUGUUACAUCCAGAAGCAAGCAAGAGCAGGAAUGGGUACAUGACCAUGAGGCCCUCGGUAAUGGGAAUUCUGUCUUCAGAAAACAGAAGAUCACUUAAUAAAGGUGAUACAUACAGUGAUUCAGAUGCUGUCAGUGAGAUUCUGCAGGAAGAUGGUUUGACUCUGGACACUGAGGAUCUUCUCAGCUUCUCCUACCAAGUCGCCAAAGGAAUGGAUUUCCUGGCAUCCAAAAAUUGUAUUCACAGAGACCUGGCAGCCAGAAACAUUCUCCUCACCCAAGGACAUGUGGCCAAGAUCUGUGACUUUGGACUGGCUCGGGACAUCACUACUGACUCAAACUAUGUUGUUAAGGGCAAUGCUCGUCUCCCGGUAAAGUGGAUGUCCCCCGAGAGCAUCUUUGAAUGUGUGUACACCUUCGAGAGUGACGUCUGGUCUUAUGGCAUCCUGUUGUGGGAGAUCUUCUCUCUCGGAAGUAGUCCCUACCCAGGCAUGCCUGUGGACUCCAAAUUCUAUAAGAUGAUCAAGGAGGGAUACCGAAUGGAGUCGCCUGAAUUUGCCCCAAGUGAAAUGUACGAGAUCAUGCACUCAUGCUGGGAUGCCGACCCCUUUAAGAGACCCUCGUUUAGGAAGAUAGUGGAAAAGAUCGAACUGCAAAUCUCAGACAGCACCAAACAUAUUUACUUAAACUUCAGCUCCAAGUUACCAGUAGCACCAUGGCCCUGUGAGGAGUCGAGUUCUCAUGUCCUUCGGCUAAACUCUGUCGGAAGUCACAGUAACGCCACUCAGCCCCUGCUCUCUGGCGACGAUGUCUUUUUGGAGGGAACAGGGCCUCAUCACCCUCCAGUUUGAAGAUCCCAUUCCCUAUUCUCACUUAACUAGGGGCUCGGGAAAGUGGCAUUCAUCUAUUGAGACUCUUAGCCCUAACCAUGGUUCAUUAUAGCUGUCUGGCAUACAUGAGGUCUUUGGUGGAAAACACUGAUCACAAGUCAGAGAUGAGUCAUAUUCUUUCCAUUACAUUUCUUGCAGAUUGUGUAAAUAAGACUCCCGCCAGAUAUGGCAGUGAUGGUGUUCAUACCCAUCAACAUUUCAUGUAUUCUUUGGAAUAUUAUAGAACAUAGUUAUUGAGUUUAUGCUGGUAUCACUCCAUGGUACUAUAUCCAACAAGAGUCUGCAGGAGGCGUGAACUUGUUUAAAUCUCUAUGCUUUCAAAUUUACUACGUUAUUGUGUUAUAAGUUGUAUAUUAACAUACUAAUGCUUCAUUUGCUAAUUGUCAAAUUGUGUUUAAGAAAACACUUAUGUGUUGAAUAUAACUUAAUAACUGAGA